ACGCAGAUUGGGAGCGUAUAGCUUGGCUAGAGCAGUUAGCAACCAGAUAGAUACACAGUCGGCGCGCCAUCAAACCUUACAUCUGUGGAUGAAGCGAACCAAGGGGAAACAGCUGUAUGCAGGUUAUGUUAGCGAUCUGAAACGGCAACAUCUGACUGGACACGUAGGAAAGAGUCUUUACCUACAUAGCGUUGUCAUUUUCUGUCUGCUGUUUUGUGGAUAACAAAAGCGAAUUCGAUUCGAGCGGAGUCAUUGGAACAGACGAGUGAACGAGAAUUGAACCGCAGUGGAUGUCUUGCUCUUUCUGUGUUCACAUCGUAAUACAACUGUAGCUGAGUAAUCGCAUGGAGAUGGAGUAAAAUUGAGGUCAUCUGGAAUUGAAUUGCGGCUGAGAGAUGGAGAAUUUGUUUUGUCCGCUCUGAUCUAAUAGGAGGGAGAGAAGAACUGCUGGAUACAUAGGGGAUACAACCCCGAUAUGAACGUGGCUUUCUCGCUCAGCCUGAGGUAGCUGCUAAAGCCAAUGAAAGACAGCGGUCUUGAACGCAUACGGUCGCUUUGGAAUGUAGAUAUACGCGUUUAUUCUUGCACAUUUAAAUAAAACAAAUGUGAUCUAAUACUAGUAACUAGGACUAUCGUUGCAUAUGUUUUGUUUGUUGAAUUACUCUUCCAAGUAUCAACCAACCGAUCUACGGGAGAAUGGCCAUAACACGAAAGUGAAUUUGCCCCUUGCUUUGGAGGCAGUGGAGUUAAUGGUGUGAGUGAGAUUUCUCCCUCCCCCACCAUCACUACAGCGACACACCAGAGGCUGUCCACUGUCCAGGCCCAAGCAGUCAGCCUGAGCCUGCUAGUACAGACUAUCUGGCCUCCUCUUCUUGUGGUCCCUUAUGCUCAAUGAAGGCUAUCUCUGGGUCGCUACAGGAUGGAUGGUGUGGAUUUGACGGUCCUUGUGUGUCAUCAUCAGCGCUUGCUCCUCUGUGACUGUUUCCUGUUCUUUUCCAUUUAUAAAAGAACGCCCCCUCUUCUGGGCCCAACCACCCCUGAGCGCUGUAAAAGUUAUAGUAACUGUUGUUGCUAAGUGACACUUACAGAGGAGGUUAAGUUAACUCUCCCCCCCAUCCAAACUCCACAGAGGGUUUUCUCCAGAGGUUUUAUUUUAUAUACCCAUAUUAUAUAUUUUCCCCCUCAGGAGUUUGUUUGGAAGACGCACAGGUGUUCGGUUCUUCACAACAAAAGUUUUGGUUUAUUGUUGGUUGAGGUUUACAGUUACUUUUUCUCAAGUUUUUUGUUCUUCCUUGUAAUUUAUUUAUACCUCAUUAUUUAGAUUUUUUUCUCAUUGCUCACUCACACUCCCUGGAAUAAAAAAAACAAGAUGUCGGAAACAGACAAGUUCCUAGCCCCUUUCCCUCCGCCACCCAAGAAUGUGAAUGGUUCCAGCUCGGACACGUACCUUGGUGAGAAUUUGGGGACCGACGGUGUCCGCCGACGCCGCCACACCAUGGACCGCGACCCCAAACAGGCCGAACAUCGCUUCUUCCGGCGCAGCGUCAUCUGUGACUCGAACGCCACCGCCUUAGACCUCCCCAGCAAGGCCGUCAUCCUCACCUCCCCGCCCGACUGCGAGCCCCCCAGCCUGGGCUGGCUCUCCCUGGCUGUCCCCUCUGUGGUGGUACCCGAGCCGUGCCUGGCGGUGGCCGAGGUGGAAGCAGAUGAGGAAGGAGGGGAGGGGCCUUGUAGUGCGGUAUUAGGGCCCAGUGUUGGUGGCGGUACUAGAGUGGAUGGUACGGUAGUGCAGAUAAAGCCAUGCACGGCAGUAUUGGAUGUUUGCGGCGGAGAGAAAGGAAAGAAGCUGUUGUCGUUAGCCGCCGCAGAGGCUCCUGGAAUGGAGGAGGUGUCGCCCAGUAAAGCGGGGGAGCCCGCGGAGGAGGAGAGCGGUAGUGUUACAGAGGAGAUGCGAGAGGAGAAGGAGAAGGGGGCGGCGAAGGCCCUAUUAGAGGAGCAGAAGAGGGAAGCAGAGAAAAAGGUUCAGGACGACAUAGAGGAAGUGGAGACCAAGGCCAUAGGGACCUCGCUGGAUGGACGCUUCCUGAAGUUUGACAUCGAGAUCGGACGCGGAUCCUUCAAGACGGUCUACAAGGGCCUGGAUACGGAGACGACAGUGGAGGUGGCGUGGUGCGAACUGCAGGAUCGUAAGCUGUCUAAGACGGAGCGUCAGAGGUUCAAGGAGGAGGCUGAGAUGUUGAAGGGUCUGCAGCACCAUAACAUUGUACGCUUCUACGACUCCUGGGAGUCUCCCUCCAAAGGAAAGAACUCCAAGUGCAUCGUGCUGGUCACAGAGCUUAUGACAUCAGGCACCCUCAAAACGUAUCUGAAGCGGUUCAAGGUGAUGAAGAUCAAGGUUCUCCGUAGCUGGUGUCGUCAGAUCCUAAAGGGGCUCCACUUCCUCCACACCCGGGCCCCUCCCAUCAUUCACAGGGACCUGAAGUGUGACAACAUCUUCAUCACCGGCCCCACUGGCUCCGUCAAGAUAGGAGACCUGGGAUUGGCUACGCUCAAACGGGCCUCCUUCGCCAAGAGUGUCAUAGGUACCCCAGAGUUCAUGGCCCCUGAGAUGUAUGAGGAGAAGUAUGACGAGUCAGUGGAUGUGUAUGCCUUUGGGAUGUGCAUGCUGGAGAUGGCCACCUCAGAGUACCCCUACUCCGAGUGCCAGAACGCUGCACAGAUCUACCGCCGAGUCACCAGCGGAGUCAAGCCGGCCAGCUUUGACAAGGUAGCCAUACCAGAAGUGAAGGAAAUCAUCGAGGGAUGCAUCCGCCAGAACAAAGAUGAGAGAUAUGUCAUUAAGAUCCUGCUGAGCCAUGCGUUCUUCCAGGAGGAGACUGGUGUGCGUGUGGAGCUAGCCGAGGAGGACGAUGGGGAGAUGAUCGCUAUCAAACUGUGGCUGAGGAUAGAAGACGUCAAGAAGCUGAAGGGAAAGUACAAGGACAACGAAGCCAUCGAGUUCUCCUUCGACCUCAACAAGGACUUCCCCGAAGAUGUGGCACAGGAAAUGGUCGAGUCUGGCUAUGUGUGCGAGGGAGACCACAAGACGAUGGCCAAGGCCAUCAAAGACCGAGUGUCUCUGAUCCAAAAGAAGAGAGAACAGAGGCAGCUGGUCAGAGAGGAGUUGGAGAAGAGGAAUCAGAAGCAGCAGUAUCCUCUACAGGCAGCAGAGGCCCUCAGAUCCCCCAGCAGAGUCAGUUACCCCCCCAGCCCCCUAGCCCAGACUGAGAAGGAGGACCCAGAGAUGGACCAGCAGCAGUACCAACAGGCCAACAUCUCCAUGACAUCUGACGGAGCGGUGGACAGCGGCCAGGGUUCGUCUGUGUUCUCUGAGUCCCAUCUGGGCCAGCUGACCAUGUCCUAUAGCAACAUCCCUGCCACCCAGCAGCAGGGCCAAACCCAGGGCCCCUCCCCCUCCCCCCAGCUGCAGCAACAACAGCAGCAGCUCAAUGCCUACCAACAGCAGAACAUGCCGCAGUCUGUGACUCACCAGUACAGCAGUGGAGGAGGAGUCUGGGCCUCAGCAGGCCUUCCGGACCCCACGCCGCCUCUCUUUCUCCCCUCCAUUCUGGAGCGCCCCAUCUCCUUCUCACCGCCGCCUGCCUGCCCUCCCUCCAAGGCUUACAACGCCCAACGCCGCAAGAGCACGUCCAUCUUGGAGGCCCAUACGCGCCACUUCCAGCCUGCCUACCCCCGCUACGCCAGCAGCCUGCACCCCUACCACCCGGGGAUGGAGGGGCUGGGCAUGGGUGGAGGAGGAGGAGGAGUGGAUGGGCACCUGGGAGUGGAUCCCUCGUCCCUCUUCAUGGUGCCCGGCUACGGUGCUCCGAGGCUGGGGUCAGUUGGAGAGCCCAUGCACCAGCACCUCCAAGGUCAGUCCCUCCAGGACCCUCUGUACGGGUACAAGGACGUGAGGGCGGAGCAGCAGGAGGAGGUGGUGGAGGCUGUGCGGAGGCUGAGUCUGAACCAGGCAGCGUUGCUGGAUCACUUUGAGGCCAUGGCCUAUGGGGGCUACCCCAUGACUGCUCACCAGAUCAACCAGAUCAGCUUCCACCAGCAGAUGCAGGCUGCGGCAGCCGCCAGCCUGGCCGUGUACGACCCUCCACAGCCGGCCUACGCCCAGACCUACCACCCCCACAUGCAGAGUCACAUGCGCCUCACCCACAGCCCCAUCCCUCAGCUACCACCCAUGAGCACCUUGGGCCCGCAGGCCUCGGGUUCUACCGAUGGGUACCAGCUGCAGCACUCUGCCUCCUUCCCCCAGUCCGCUCCCCCAGUCAUGGAGCCCCCCCCACAAGGCAGCGUGUUCGAGUUCCACGUCCAAAACAUGGCUACUGCAGCGGCCGCCGCUGGGGCCGACUCUGGCGUGCUGGCCUCUAGACUGUACCGGGCUCGCCGCGGCUCCAUGGACCUCAACCUGGAGGAACAGGGGGGACCAGGAGGACAGUCAGGGGGGUCUGGGACCUACAGCCGCCUGCAGCCAGUCACUGAGGAACUGUACAGCUACAUCAGCCCUGAGAUGCCUCUCCCUCCCGGGAGCCUGCUACUGCACCAGGGCCAGAAGGACUGCAGCCCGGAACCUUCCAGUGACUCCAUGGCCUCCUCUGACUGUGGAGAGUUCCACUCUCCUCCGCCCCAGUUCGGGGCCUCCUCGGCUGCCCAGUCUAUCCCACACACCUUCUACGGGGCGGAGGCCGGGGGGAGGGACGCCACUGCAGAGGGCCAGGGAGUGGGCCACCCCCCCAGCCAGCAGACCUUUCUGUUUGUGCCUCCCUCCGAGUCCUCAGGGCGUCAGUCCUCUCACGUCAACAUACUACACACCACCUGGGCCCGACAGACGAACGUCCAACCCGACCUCUCGUAUCAUGAGUUUCCUCUGGCCAUGCAGGGAAACCCUGGGCUGCAGGUGCAGCAGAUCCCAACCUCCCAGUCCAACACUGGACACCCUCCUGCCCCCAACUCCCAGCCAGUCCCCAACGCCCACCAACAGCAUGGAGGUUACUACGUCACAGCGCUCCCUCCGCAGACCCCCCUGCAGGCCUCUCUCCCCCCCACCUCCCAGCCCAUGGUCUCUCAGCCCCAGCAGCAGCAGGCAGGCAGCACCGUGGUACAGAGCCCCUCUCAGACCCAGCUACCCCCUGGAACACAGCCCACACAGCCUUGCAGUAUGGCUCCACCUCCCUCCUCAGUGGGACUUGUCUCUGUGGCACAGAUGGCCUUCAAUCAGCCCUCGGUCCCGGUUACUGCAGCUGCAGCCCAAGGGGCGGCGUCACCCCCUGGGGAAGCCCUGGUGUCCCCACAGAGCCCUAUAGCAGCUGCAGCCUUACCUCUGCCUCCUGGGGCUCAUCCUCUACCUGGUUCUGUAUCUGCACCCACUCUGGUGACUCAUCCACCGCCGGUGCCACCGGCCUCCCCUAUGCCGCCCCAAAUGAUGCCUACUCAGCCGCUGGUCGUUGUGGUGCCCGUCAUCAGCGUAGCCAGCACCUCCCCAGAGCCGCCAGGAGAUGCCCAGCCCCAGCCCUCCCAGACGGCUCCUCAGCCUUUGUCAUUGGACCAGUCACAGUUACAACCUCCACAAGUGCUCUCGUCGAUGGAGAGCGGUCACUCUGACGUGGCGUCCGGCCUGAGCGAUGGAAAUGAUGGAGGCAGACAGGAGGGGCGUUCCAUCAAGCGUCACCAGCGGCGCUCUGUACGGAGUCGCUCUCGUACCGACAAGAUUGGCAAAGCAAAGUUGAAUGUACUAAAUAUAUCCAACAUGGGCGACAGGGUAGCUGAGUGCCAGUUGGAAACGCACAACAGAAAGAUGGUGACUUUUAAGUUUGAUCUGGACGGAGAUAACCCAGAGGAAAUAGCACAGAUUAUGGUCACCAGUCUGUUUAUACUGGAGAGCGAGAGGGAGUCGUUCAUCGAGCAGGUCCGUGAGGUCAUCGAGAUGGCUGACGAGAAGGGUCUGGAGAAAGAUGGAAACACCCAGAUUGUUUCCCAGAUAGUUAGUGACCUCCAGCAGCAACAGAUCCCUGCUAUAUCUGAACCGUUGCCAGGUAUCCCUUCCUGUGCAGCCCAGGUGGUCCACUCUGCAGGCAGGAGGUUUAUAGUCAGUCCCGUGCCUGAGUCCAGACUCAAGGACCAGUUCUUUGCUGACUCAGCGGCUGCAGGCUCUGCCCUGCUGAGACAAGAUUCACAGUCCUUUCACUCUGCAGGUCAGGGUCUGACCCAGUCGGCCUCAGCGGUCAGCCUGCAGCAGGCCUUCUCAGAGAUGAGACAGAACCAGGGCCAGUACGACCCAGGGCCCAGCACCGCUCCUCCCUCCGUCCACAUAGCCUCCCUGCCUGUCCUGGUCCCUGCUGCAGCCACCACCAUCCCAGUCCUCUCCACUGCUCCUAUAGCCUCUACUCCUCUCCCCUAUGCUCAGUUUCCAUCUGAGGCCUCUGUGACCUCCCCUCCCCCUCCAGCCUCCACCUCCACCUCUCCACCUGCGACUGUCCCCCAGGCCACCACCCCCAUCCCCACCCAGCUCCAGUCUGUUGAUACCCAGCCUCUCCUUUCCCAGGCCCCUCUCACCCUGCAGGUGACCCAACCCGUGGUCUCCUCCGUACCUAGUGUUACAGCCCCAAUCCCUGCCCCAGCCACCUCUGUGUCCCCCCCAGUCCCUGCUGUCCUCCCCACCCUCCCCAACACAACUCCCCUGUCCACCUCAGCCUCCUUCCCCCAGACCUCUGGCUCCAUCCCUGGUGGUCCCACCACCUCCAUACCCACUACAGUCCUUUGUCAUUCCGCCACGGCCCCCUUGGUCAGCAGCUGUAGCAGUGAUAGUAGAGGUGGAGAAAGCUCAGAGCAGCUCCCUGUCCCUUCCACUGCUGUCCCCCAGCUCACCACUACCGUAGUCCCCACCACGGCUAUCCAAGGACCCCUGCUAGCCCCCUCCAUUGCUAACCCCAGUGCAGAGCUCCCUUCUUCCUACUCGCCUGUAGCCUCUCUAGCCCCGGGGGCCACGGUCCCUACCUUACAGCCCAUCACCACCACCAUCCCCGUGGUCCAGCCCACCCUGGUGCACACCCAGCCCCAGCCUGCUACAAUGCCCAACCAGACCCACGCCCAGUGUGGAGAGUGUGAGGUGGCCCUGGGCAUCGAUGACAUCCACGCCCUGGAUAAGAAGCUUCGCUCCCUCUUCAUGGACCUGGGUGGCGGUGGAACCACCCAGGCCGAUGGCUCUGUCGACCCAGCCGGAGGCACUGGUGUCCCGGGAACCUCUUCCCCAACCGGCCACUCAUCCACCCCCAACUCCACAGGCACCCCCCUGCCCCCCUCCAGCCUCCCCCUGGCCUCCUCAGGACCAGGGCAUGUCUCUGGGACCCCCCUCACCACCCCGGGACAGGCUGGGACCCCUUCCACCUACACCCAGACUACCCCGGCCAAAGCACCUCUGUCUAGGUUACCGGUGAUGCCUGUGGGCUCAGAUCAGGCUCAGGCUGGCCCCCCUCCUCCCUCAGACCACAUGGCACCCUUCCCAGGACCCUGUCUAACUCAGUCCCAGCAGCCUCUGGAAGACCUGGAUGCCCAGCUGAGGAGGGCCCUGAGCCCAGAGACGGUCAGCUGUGUCACCACACAGUCCUCCCUCACUGGGAUGCCUGCAGGUGACCAGCCAGUGCCUUUCUCUCUGGAAGGGGAACCAAUCAUGUCGCCUAUUGCUGGAGGAUUCCAAAUGGGACGAUUCCAGGUCUCUGUGGCUGCAGACCAGGGUCCCCACAAAAUCGAGGGAGGGAGCCCCACAAAAUCCUCCUCCACCUCCUCUUCCUCCUCCUCUUUCUCCAGCCCGGAGAACACACUGCACAAUGUCUCCUCCCCUCUCCACGGAGGUAAGACUGGUGGGGGAGAUGUUGUGGACGGCCUGCCCUCCCUCCCCCACCGGACCGCCUCCCCUCAGCCCACCACCAUUGGCCGCUUCCAGGUCACCACCAACGCACCGGAUGCCAGGGUGGGCCGCUUCUCAGUGAGCCGAGCCCAGGAUGAGGCAGCCGAGGCUGGGUUGGAGCAAACACCCGCUUCCCAGACUAACGGGCCUAGUAUUGAUCCUGGCUCGGCCACCAUGCUCCUCAGCCCAGAGGACAAACAGAGCUCCCUGCCCAGCCUCAACAACUCCUACAUGAGCUCUGAUAACGACUCUGAGUUUGAGGACGAGGACUUGAAGAGGGAGGUCAACCGGUUACGGGAAAAGCACAUGAAGGAGAUCCAGGCCCUGCACACCAAGCAGAAGGAUGAGAUUGACUCCCUGUUCGCCAGGCUGGGCAAGGUGCCUCCAGCCGUGGUGCUCCCUCCAGCUGUAGCCCUGGCCGGUCGCAGGAGACGACCCACCAAAAGCAAGAGCAGCAAGUCCAGCCGCUGCAGCUCCUCCCAGGGCAGCAAGAGCCCCCUGCAACCAGGCAGCACUUUAUCUGCACAGAGCGCCCCCUCAGUGUACCCACCCUACCAGGCUCUCCUCCUGGCCCCUGGGGGUCUCCCCGACCCCAACCUCCACCCUGCCUCGGGGAGCCGACCCCGGCCCCUCAAGCAUCUCGGCCCCUCCAGUGAAAACCUGUGCUCUGCCUACACCAGCGAAGCUACGCUGUCCGUGCCCAGUCUCUGUGCCCCCACCCAAGGCUGUGUUACGUUCAGCUGUGGGUCGGAGAGAGUGACCAUCAAACCAGGUGGUGGCAGAAGGACCCGUUUUCUGAGGACCAGCAGCACCAACACAGUGAGUGGUCCAGGAGGCCAGGGUCCAGGAGACCAGGGUUCAGGGGGUCAGAACCAGGGCCAGCCUUCUCCCAACCCCCCUCAACAGGGCCGGAAGGGCACGUUCACAGACGACCUGCACAAGCUGGUUGACAACUGGGCCCGCGACGCCAUCAGUCUGUCCCAGGGCAAGAGUCGCUCCAAACAGCAACCCUCACAGGGACACAGCUACCAGGCGACCCCGUCCACCAACAAGGGCCGUAAGUUCUCCGCCCCGAGUCAGCUGUGCCCCAGCAACGCCUCUUCCACCCCCGCUACCUCUCUGGGAGGCCGCAAGGGCUCCUUGUGUCCCCCUCCCCAGUACAGCGGGGUCGGGCAUGCUACCCCUCCUCCACUGCACCUUACAGCAGCGCCCAGUGGGUGGGAUCCACGGGGUCCACAGGGCCGGGACAGGGUCAGGCCGGUAUGUUAGCCUCCUCUCAGCCCCUGGUUGCCUCCUCCUCGCAGUACCCCUCCUCUGCCACUGGGGGGCAGGGCUCCCUGCAGGGCUUCCAUCACAUCAGCACUUUGCAGAAAUCCGUCAGCAACCCUGGAGGCCCCAACCUGAGGACCACGUAGUGGCCAUGAGGGGAUGUUAGCCAUGCCGGGCUGGGAGACUGACAGACUGAGGGAGAGAGACAUGAGGAAUGAAGGGUGUCUGUGUUACAAGGGGGAGAGGGGCUGUGUGUUACAAGUGACAUCAUGGUUGGUGGGACUGUAUUGAAUGUGAAUGAGCUGGCUGUGAAGAAGAGGAGGAGCAGGAGAGAAAAGAGUCAGCUGCUGUGUGAAAUGGUGCACCACUCUGCCCUCUUCUGUUCCCCUGAAGGAUAACAGGAGAGGGACACACUUCCCCUCUCCCCCACCCACCCCGAGGUCAACUGUGGGCCUUGGGGGUCGAAGAAAGACGCAAAACGCGACAAGGAAUACCAAUGGACACGAGUGCAAUGUUAUGUGGCCAAAGAGGGUUAAUGUGACAAUUACUAUUGUAAAAUGUGUGUGUGUGUGUGUGGUGAUGGGCUUUGUUCCUUCACUGGCUUUUACAUGUACUCUACAGUAGAGACCAGAGCCUUGUACUGAUCUCAGAGAGAGGGAGGAGGGAUGGAGGAUAGUAACAGACCAUGGGGGUGGUGGUGUACUUAUCGUUGGGGA